CAUCAGCAGCAUCAGCAGCAUCACCCGCAGCAUCAGCAUCAGCAGCGGCCCUCACCAUGGCAACAUGAGCCAACGCCUCGCCGCAGACACACGCAGGGAAUGAAAAGGCUCCCACCAUGGUGCGCAUCGCCAAGGCCCUGGGUUUGGUGAUCCUGUGCGUGGUCGUGCUCGUCCUGUCGCUCAUCAGCUACGUGUCUCUGAGGAAGGACAGCUUCUACGCCUCCUCCAAGUAUAUGGGAGGCCCGCGGAUCAUGUUCCACGCGGGGUUUCGGUCUCAGUUUGCCAUGAAUUUUCUGAACCCAUCCUUCAUUCCAUUAACAACUGCCCUAAAUGAGGAGCUCCAAGGAAAACCAUCCAAAUGGAAGUUCAACAGGACAGCAUUUUACCAUCAGAGGAAAGAGAUUUUCAGCUUCAUUGAUAUUCCCACCAACUUCUCCCUCACCAAGAACAGCGUGCGUGUUGGCCAGCUGAUGCACUUUGAUUACUCGAGCCACAAAUACGUCUUCUCCAUCAGUAACAAUUUGAAGUCCCUGCUGCCGGACACGUCUCCUAUCCUCAACAAGCACUACAGUGUGUGUGCUGUGGUGGGGAACAGCGGCAUCCUCACCGGCAGCCACUGUGGCCCCGAGAUCGACCAGGCCGACUUUGUCUUCCGCUGCAACUUUGCCCCCACCGAAGUCUACUCCAAGGACGUGGGGAAGAAGACCAACCUGACCACUUUUAACCCCAGUAUCCUGGAGAGGUACUACAACAAUUUACUGACCAUUCAAGACAGGAAUAACUUUUUCCUCAACCUGAAGAAGCUGGAGGGAGCCAUCCUGUGGAUCCCUGCCUUUUUCCUUCACACCUCUGCCACAGUAACUCGGACACUGGUGGAUUUCUUUGUCGAGCACAAGGGUCAACUGAAGAUUGAGCUGGCCUGGCCGGGAAACAUCAUGCAUGACGUCAACAAAUACUGGAAGACUAAAAACCUCUCUCCCAAACGUCUCAGCACUGGGAUCCUCAUGUAUACGCUUGCAUCUGCCAUAUGUGAUGAGAUCCACCUCUAUGGCUUCUGGCCCUUCGGCUGGGACCCUAAUACUGGCAAAGAGCUGCCUUACCACUACUAUGACAAGAAAGGGACCAAAUUCACCACCAAGUGGCAGGAGACUCAUCAGCUGCCCAGCGAAUUCAAGCUCCUCUACAAGCUUCACAGGGAAGGCGUGAUCAAACUCAGCCUGACACACUGUUCGUAGAUGGACGGGAGGAGCUGAUGGGUUCAUAGCUGGCACAAGAGACCAUGCUGGUAUGCACCAGAUUAGUUCAAACUUUGGGUGUGACUCAUGUGGUAGGCAUGAUAAGUGUUUGGGUCAAGUUAUCUUCACGCUGCAAACAGAGAUAAAAGUCACCGUAUGAUUUCGCUUGACGAUGUCAAGCUACGUCUGGUUGUAAUUCAUUCAGUAUAUUGUUGUGUUCAGUGGUAACUGUUAUGCUGCUCAAUUGCUUUCAUUACUGUCCUUUGCAUGGCUGCUGACUGUGGCUAAAACAGUCCGAAAAGAACAACCGUCUAUUUCAGCUGGAGUCUGCAGGGGAGUCAGCUGUGCAAACACUGACGGACAAAUGUUCCACAAUUUAUAAAUGCAGAUUGAUCACCUUUACAACAGUAUGCUGAUUCUGUAAACUGAAAUCACUGCCUAAUCUCAGGGAAGGAGUUAGAUCAGUGUUUUUUUGUAAUCAGAUUCAAUGCCUGGAGAGUGGUACAGUUCCUUCUUUCAGGCAUUUUCCCCAUAUGAAGUGUCAGACAACCUGCACUUCCCUUAAAGAUGGUAUCUGUUUACAAGACUGUACUCUAUAUUCAUCUGUGUCUUUUAUUUUCUGUAAACAAUGUGAAUAUCCACUUAAGAUUUUUUUGUUGAGGUUCUUCAAAAUUUUUUAAAUAACAAUCAACAUUCCAAUAAUAAGCCAUAAAUUCAUGAUGGACAUAGUCUGUUAACACGUACCUAAUUGCAGAAAGUAAUAUUGGCCUACAUUAGGUUCUGAGUAUAGACGUUUAAAAUAUCUUCAAACAAGACUACACAUCUAUAGCCAUACUAUUGGCAGCAUUCAAGUUGAAGAGCAUUCUUUUUCCAAAACUAAAUACACACAAAGCAUUUUGCAUUAUGAAAUAAGAACAAUAAUAUUAAUGUUAUCCAAGUUUGGGUCAUGUUGAACAGUUUGAGAGAGGGCAUUUUUGAGACCCCCAGAGCAUGUGUCUUUUUAGUCAAACCUGAGUCCUUCGUCUUUUACUCCAAUAUAAUCCUAUAAUGCAUGACUUUGACAAAACAGGGGCUACGCUUGCACUGGCGACUCAGAAAUCCACAACCAAUGGUAUGUAAACUUUGUAUUAUUUGUAGCUGUUGGUCCAACAAAUCUUUGAGCAAAUGUACAAACGUUUAACAUCUCGCAAAAUAAAAAACAACUAAAUAACAUCAAACGUUUUUCACAUUACCUAGCUUGGUGCUACUACACUAGGCUGGGUAGUGGAGGAUUUUAAUAAUCAUAGUGAUUGCUAAUGAUCACUUACUGACAGGAUGGGAAAUGAUAAGACCUUUGGAGGCUUUGGAGAAGGAGUUUGUUACCUGAAAAUCCUAAACUCACUGACUUUUUUUGUUUUUGUGGUCUUUACGUGAAGCUAAACGUAGCUGCGCUAAGCUAAUGGCGAAAUAUGCGAACUUGAAAAGCAUCAUUUUCUUUAAGACUAAUGAGUAUAAAUGCUUUUCAAGUCAAAGGUUGUUGUUUUUUAACUUAAUGUGGAAGACUUAUGACAAAUCAUUCUAGUACUAAGCUUUCAAUAGGCAAUUAUAUUAUAUUAUAUUAUAUUAUAAUAUAUUAUUAUA